UAAAAGGCUUCCUCCUCCUGCAGCAGACAAGCAGGAUCUUUGGGGCGAAAGAAAAUCCUGCCUGAUAAACCACCACACAUGAAAAGAUGUCGUUUGAGGGAGCCAGGCUCAGCAUGAGAAACAGGAGGAAUGGCACUUUGGACAGCACCCGGACCCUGUACUCCAACGUGUCCCGGAGCACAGACGUGUCCUGCAGUGAAAGUGACUUGGUGAAUUUCAUUCAAGCAAAUUUUAAGAAACGGGAAUGUGUCUUCUUUACCAAAGAUUCCAAGGCCACGGAGGACGUGUGCAAGUGUGGCUACGCCCGGAGCCAGCACGCGCCAGGCGCGCAGGUCAACCAGAGCGAGAAGUGGAGUUACAAGAAACACACCAAGGAGCUUCCCACCGACGCCUUUGGGGACGUUCAGUUCGAGACGCUGGGGAAGAAGGGCAAGUACAUCCGUCUGUCCUGCGACACAGACGCGGAGACCCUCUACGAGCUGCUCACCCAGCACUGGCACCUGAAGACGCCCAACCUUGUCAUUUCCGUGACCGGUGGCGCCAAGAACUUCGCCCUGAAGCCGCGCAUGCGCAAGAUCUUCAGCCGGCUCAUCUACAUCGCGCAAUCCAAAGGUGCUUGGAUUCUCACAGGAGGCACCCAUUAUGGCCUGAUGAAGUACAUCGGGGAGGUGGUAAGAGACAACACCAUCAGCAGGAGUUCAGAGGAGAACAUCGUGGCCAUUGGCAUAGCGGCUUGGGGCAUGGUCUCCAACCGGGACACCCUCAUCAGGACCUGUGAUGCUGAGGGAUAUUUCUUAGCCCAGUACGUUAUGGAUGACUUCACGCGAGACCCUCUGUAUGUCCUGGACAACAAUCAUACCCAUCUGCUGCUCGUGGAUAAUGGCUGUCAUGGACAUCCCACGGUUGAAGCAAAGCUCCGGAAUCAGCUGGAGAAAUACAUCUCUGAGCGCUCUAUUCCAGAUUCCAACUAUGGUGGCAAGAUUCCCAUUGUGUGUUUUGCCCAAGGAGGUGGAAAAGAGACUUUGAAAGCCAUCAAUACCUCCAUCAAAAGCAAAAUUCCUUGUGUGGUGGUGGAAGGCUCGGGGCAGAUUGCUGAUGUGAUUGCUGGCCUGGUGGAGGUGGAGGACACUCUGACGUCUUCCAUCGUCAAGGAAAAGCUGGUGCGUUUCUUACCCCGCACGGUGUCCCGGCUGCCUGAGGAGGAAACAGAAAGUUGGAUCAAAUGGCUCAAAGAAAUUCUCGAAAGUUCUCACCUAUUAACAGUUAUUAAAAUGGAAGAAGCUGGGGAUGAGAUUGUGAGCAAUGCUAUUUCCUACGCUCUGUACAAAGCCUUCAGUACCAAUGAACAAGAUAAGGAUAACUGGAAUGGGCAGCUGAAGCUUCUGCUGGAGUGGAACCAGCUGGACUUAGCCAAUGAUGAGAUUUUUACCAAUGACCGCCGAUGGGAGUCUGCUGACCUUCAAGAAGUCAUGUUUACGGCUCUUAUAAAGGAUAGACCCAAGUUCGUUCGACUCUUUCUGGAGAAUGGCUUGAACCUGCGGAAGUUUCUCACCCACGAUGUCCUCACUGAGCUCUUUUCCAACCACUUCAGCACCCUUGUGUAUCGGAACCUGCAGAUCGCUAAGAAUUCCUAUAAUGACGCCCUCCUCACCUUCGUCUGGAAACUGGUUGCAAAUUUCCGAAGAGGCUUCCGGAAAGAAGACAGAAAUAGCAGGGAUGAGAUGGAUAUAGAACUCCACGAUGUGUCUCCUAUUACUCGGCACCCGCUGCAAGCUCUCUUCAUCUGGGCCAUUCUUCAGAACAAGAAGGAACUCUCCAAAGUCAUUUGGGAACAGACCAGAGGCUGUACUCUGGCAGCACUGGGAGCCAGCAAGCUUCUGAAGACUCUGGCCAAAGUGAAGAACGACAUCAAUGCUGCCGGGGAGUCCGAGGAGCUGGCCAACGAGUACGAGACCCGUGCAGUCGAGCUGUUCACAGAGUGUUACAGUAGUGAUGAAGAUUUGGCAGAACAACUGCUGGUCUAUUCCUGUGAAGCCUGGGGUGGAAGCAACUGUUUGGAGCUGGCCGUGGAGGCGACAGACCAACAUUUCAUUGCCCAGCCUGGGGUGCAGAAUUUUCUUUCCAAGCAAUGGUAUGGAGAGAUUUCCCGAGACACCAAGAACUGGAAGAUCAUUCUGUGCCUGUUUAUUAUACCCUUGGUGGGCUGUGGCUUUGUAUCAUUUAGGAAGAAGCCCAUCGACAAGCACAAGAAGCUCCUCUGGUACUACGUGGCGUUCUUCACCUCACCCUUUGUGGUCUUCUCCUGGAACGUGGUCUUCUACAUUGCCUUCCUCUUGCUGUUUGCCUACGUGCUGCUCAUGGACUUCCACCCCGUGCCACACCCCCCUGAGCUGGUCCUCUACGCGCUGGUCUUUGUCCUGUUCUGUGAUGAAGUGAGACAGUGGUACAUAAAUGGGGUGAAUUAUUUUACUGACCUGUGGAACGUUAUGGACACGCUGGGGCUUUUUUACUUCAUAGCAGGAAUUGCAUUUCGGCUCCACUCUUCUAAUAAAACCUCUUUAUAUUCUGGACGAGUCAUUUUCUGCCUGGAUUACAUUAUUUUCACGCUAAGGUUGAUCCACAUUUUCACCGUAAGCAGAAAUUUAGGACCCAAGAUUAUAAUGUUGCAGAGGAUGCUGAUCGACGUGUUCUUCUUCCUGUUCCUCUUUGCGGUCUGGAUGGUGGCCUUUGGCGUGGCCAGGCAAGGGAUCCUCAGGCAAAACGAGCAUCGCUGGAGGUGGAUAUUCCGCUCGGUCAUCUAUGAGCCCUACCUGGCCAUGUUCGGCCAGGUGCCCAGUGAUGUGGACGGCACCACGUACGACUUCACCCACUGCACUUUCACUGGGAACGAGUCCAAGCCGCUGUGUGUGGAGCUGGAUGAGCACCACCUGCCCCGGUUCCCUGAGUGGGUCACCAUCCCCCUGGUGUGCAUCUACAUGCUGUCCACCAACAUCCUGCUGGUCAACCUGCUGGUCGCCAUGUUUGGCUACACCGUGGGCACCGUCCAGGAGAACAACGACCAGGUCUGGAAGUUCCAGAGGUACUUCCUGGUGCAGGAAUACUGCAGCCGCCUCAACAUCCCCUUCCCGUUCGUCGUCUUUGCCUACUUCUACAUGGUGGUGAAGAAGUGUUUCAAGUGCUGCUGCAAGGAGAAGAACAGGGAAUCUUCCGCCUGCUGUUUUAAAAAUGAGGACAACGAGACACUGGCAUGGGAGGGCGUCAUGAAGGAAAAUUACCUCGUCAAGAUCAACACGAAAGCCAACGACACCUCGGAGGAAAUGAGGCAUCGGUUUAGACAACUCGAUACAAAGCUUAACGAUCUCAAGGGUCUUCUGAAAGAGAUUGCUAAUAAAAUCAAAUAAAACUUCAUGAACACUAAUGGAGAAAAAUCUAAUUACAGCAAGGUGAUAUCGUAUCAGACAUCUAAAUUGAAGGGGUUCAAGGAAUGCUGAUGAAUGACUUUGCUAUUGACUACUAAACGAGAA